GUCAGCCCCUUUUUCAUUUCUCUAUUUCACUUAUUGCCAUGAAGUUUCUUGCUGCUCUCGUCCACGCCACCGCUGCGACUCAAUUGUGGUUUACAACAUUUGUUAACCAACCCCUUGAUGUUGAAACACGCAACCCCUACCGCGCCUAUUCCGGCGAAGUUUGGAAGAUUCGAUUCCGCACCCCGUCGAUAGCAGAGUAUGGCAAUGUUCCCGGCACUGGAGACAGUUCAACUCUGACCAUUGAAAACUUCAAAUUUUCCGUCAAAAUGCCUAAACAUAUUCCCAAGAACGCGUCGAUGUGGUUGCUACCAUAUUUGUCCCCUUCCAUCUUCGGCUGGCCCACUGGCCCCCCUGUCGCAACUACGCGCAUCCCCAUCAGUGACAGCGUCGAUGGGGUCCAUUUCCAGUGGACCCCCGAGCCCCCUAUUAUUGUUACGCCCAACACCACGUACUGGUUCCAGCUGGACUCCACUAGCGAAACCCUGGAGGAUGCCCCCAUGUGGUUGCAUGGCGACAUUGGGUUCUCAUCCGAGAAUGAUCCCAUGGAGAACAUGAAGUUGGGGGUAGAACAAGAUCGAAGAUUCACCACAAUUUCCCGCCAUAAAAUCAGAUUCGCCCCGUCCCUCCAAGUGUAUGCUAAGCAUACUUUUUGCGCUGAAGUGCCGCUCCGAGGCGCGCCAUAAUGGGAUUAAAACGAAGGCUUGUCGGGGCAAUGAAGUACUGCCACAUCUAGUCGUAGUUGGCCCUAACUCCAUAAAACAGUCGUUCGUAGUUGGUGCAAA